AUGGAUGGGGACAACCACACUGCAGUCACAGAAUUCUUCCUCCAGGGACUGUCUGGGAAGCAAGAGGAAGAAGAGGUGCUCUGCGGGCUGUUCCUCUGCAUGUACCUGGUCACCAUCACUGGAAACCUGCUCAUCAUCUUGGCCAUCACCUGUGACCCUCACCUCCACACGCCCAUGUACUUCUUCUUGGCCAACCUCUCCGGGGUUGACGUCUGCUUUUCAUCAGUUAUAGUCCCCAAGAUGCUGGUGAGUCAUGCAGUGGGCAGCAAGUCCAUCUCUUACAAACAAUGCAUGACCCAGAUGUAUUUCUUUAUCAUUUUUUGCAAUAUGGAUGGGUACCUGCUGAGUGUGAUGGCCUAUGACAGAUAUGUGGCCAUCUGUCGUCCACUCCACUACACCCUGAUCAUGAGGCCCAGACUCUGUGUCCUCCUGGUGGCCGUCUCCUGGGUCAUUACAAACUUGCAUGCUCUCCUCCACACUCUGCUCAUGGUUCGACUCAACUUUUGCUCCAACAACACUAUACAUCACUUCUUCUGUGACCCCUACCCACUCCUGAAGCUCUCUUGUUCUGACACCCACAUCAAUGACAUGGUGGCCUUCAUUGAGUGUCCAUUAGUGUUUCUGACACCAUUUACAUGCAUUGUGGUUUCAUACGCCUACAUCUUCUCUAAUGUGCUGAAGGUGCCCUCAGCCCAGGGGAUAAGGAAAGCCCUGUCCACGUGUGGGUCCCACCUCACUGUGGUCUCCCUCUUCUAUGGGGCAAUCCUGGGCGUCUAUAUGCACCCUUCCUCCUCCUUCUCCCUACAGGACACGGUGGCCUCUGUCAUCUUCACAGUGGUGACACCACUGGUCAAUCCCUUCAUCUACAGCCUGAGGAAUCGGGACAUGAAAACAGCCCUGAGGAAGCUAAUUCUCAGAUUCCAGACUUAG